GGGUUAAUAGGACAUUGCCCUAUCCUGGCUAUACUUCCCAUACACGUAUAUACAGGGCACACACUGAAGGUUACGGGGUAUCACUGUCCUGCACACGUGACUCCAAAUUUACCGCAGCCUAACCAUUGACAGCAUGUGUGUAUGAGCGUCUGCUGCCAUCCUUUAGCGCGCAGUGAGCAGGUGUAGCGGUAAUACCGAGAGGGGGCGCAGCAGUGGGCACCUGUCGCCGAUGGGCUCUAGUGCAGAGCCGAGAGGAUGAGGGGGGAUUCGGUCACCACAUGAAAAUGGCUGAGCGACCGCGGGAAGAGUGUGCCAUGACAGGGAGCCACCCGUACACCGGGACCGCGCUGUGACGGGGAUGGGGCCUGCUGUCCCCGGUGUCCCAGGUGUGCCGGCUCCGCCUCCGGGGCUGGAAUGCGGAAGCGCUGGGAGGAGGAGCCCGCAGAGAGGCAGCGGGGAGACACAAGUCAGACAGCCCGGGACACUGGGGGGGCAUCUGUAACCUGCUGCUGCCAUUCCGCGGAGGAUUACACCGCUGCCCGGGCACGUGGAGUCUAGCAGCCAGUGAAGGGAGCCGCCCGCAUCUCUACCGUGCCCCAGAUGAAGCAGCCUGGCAUUCCUGGUGGCACCAUGCCCCCCACCUUGUGAGCCAUGUCUACCCAAACCGCCCUCAUCCCAGACCACGACCCCGCACCCCCUUCCCCAGACCCGGGCGCUUUGGAGCCCAAGAAGAAGAAGCACAAACCUGGCACUUUGCGGCGGGCACUGAGCUGGCUACGGGGGCGCAAGAAGAAAAAGCCAGAGGUCAAACCGCAGGAGGGCAAAGAAAACUCCAAACCUGAUGGUGAACCCAAACCAACACCACCUCAAGAAGAUGACUCACCGGACAAUGUGUUCUUCCCCAGCGGGCGCACCUCCAUUGUGGAGGAGAUUCACAACGAGGCUCAAGUGGGGCUUAAGUCUCUGCAGAGAAGAGAAAAACAGCAGACCAAACAUUCCAUCCAGGAUGAAAAUAAGGCACCUGAGGCCACUCCUGAUACAAAUGACAAUGAGUUCCGCACUCGCUCACAUUCCUGCGCCACGGAAAACACUGAUGAUGCAAUGAUUGUUCGGUCAGAGAUGAUCCAGCGUAAAGGUUCUACAUUUAGACCUUAUGACUCACCCAGAACUCCAUCAAACAGGGUAGGAAGGAAGCGUAAGGAGAAGAGAGCUACAGUAGUGGGAGUGCCUCAUCACAUUGCAGCUGAACUUGGACUUCAUCCCUCUUUCGUACAUCGUGGCAUCCAUGAGGUGUUUCGCAGGGAAGAUGGUCAGCUGUCAAAAAAGUCUGAUGAAAUUCCAGUAGCAAAUGGGAUUCAAGGACAGGAGGCAGAAUUUGUCGUAAUUCCCACAGUAGAUGGCAAACCUGCUUCAGUGCCACAUGGUGGAGCUCACGUCUCCUUGGCUACUCUUGAGACAGAAGUUGCUUUACAACGACACAUAGACAAAGUAUAUCACGAUGACAGCUAUAUUGGUUGGAAAUCUGGAUCCAAGCUUUCACCUAUGGUCCUGCGCCCGAAGUCUGUAGCUGUCCCUGGAAUGACCACAUACUCACCUCAGAGUGACCCAGUAAGCCCUGUAAUGUCCAUAUCUCCCCAAGCAACCUACAUGUCUAAGAUCAUACCAAAUGCAGUCCUUCCUCCUAUGGUUGAUGUGGUUGCAUUGACCCGGUCAAGUGUUCGAACGUUAAGCAGAUGUAGUCUUGCCUCAGCUAGUCCAGCAUCAGUUCGUGGUUCAUUGCGUAGGGGGAGGGGUAUGUCUGACUCUAGUGAUGCCUGGAGUCGAUCAGAGUCUACAGAGACAAUAGUAUCAGACACUUCCACUAUUUCCUCUAGAGGUGGUGAUAAUACUUUAGAAUCAAAUGAGAAGUCUGGAAUAAGCACUGGCAGGGCAUCUCCUGCCCCCAGCACUGGUACUCAAGAUGGUUCAGAUGCGGCAAGCUUAUGCAGUGGACGCUCUUCUGUGCGUAGUGUUUCAUUGCGAAAAAGCAAAAAGGCUCCUCCACCUCCUACACGUACUUAUUCACUGCAACAGCAGAAAGAAUUGGGUCUUCCACCUAGGCCUGAAAAAAAACACUCAACCAAGACUAACAAUGGAAAAGACCCUUGGGUGUCAAGAACAGACAAAGUGUCAUCAGAUAAUGAUGUAUUUUUACCAUCUUUGGCUGGACCAAAGCAAAAUUCUCCUAGUCAUUCAGACAGAACCAUGUCUCCAUCCAGUGGCUACUCCAGUCAAAGUGGAACACCAACAUUGCCUGUUAAAUCUCUUGUGGAAUCUCCAGGUUCUCGUAGGAAAACACCACCAAAACCAGAGCGUUCUAGUCUUAAGUCAGCAGUAAACAUGUCUGUAAGCUCACCAUCUUCAGUUGAGAACAACUCCCCCCUUUUUAUCAGUCCCCCAAGAGCUGGUUCUGCAGUGGGUGACCAAGAAGGGCAAGACUUGAUUCCUCCACAUCCAAGUGUGCCUGCACCUUCAUGCCCACCACCCACUAGUGUAGAAGACCUUGUUGUGGCAGCAGUAACUCCUCCACCAUCACCACCUACUCAUCAUCCCACACCCCCUGCUACUAGAAGAUCUGAGUCAGAUGCUAAUACUGCACACACAGUCAAAGAAACUGAUCAUAAAGAAUCCUUGUGGCCUCCUCCUCCUCCCGAGACUUCUGAUGUUCAGGACUUAACUAUGGCAGAUUUUCCUCCUCCUGAUGAUGAGCUGUUUUUGCCACCACCACCAUUGGUAAACCCUGUAAGUGAAAUUGCAAGUUCAGAGCUGGUUAGUGUUAACACCAGUGACCAAUCAGAUUUGCUGAAAGCAGAAAUGGCCAUGUCAAAAUCAAAGCAUGAGGAAUCUUUAAAUGUUAUUGUAGAGCCUCAGCCUCAAUCAGUGCCUUUAAAUUCAACAAAGCCUUCCGAUACAACUGAACAAGCUCUUGUAACAGAGAAUUCUGAUCCUGUGCCUCCAUUCGCCACAGAGAACAAAGACACUAUUGUGCCUCCCACUACAGAACCUAUGGUGGUGCCUCCUGUUUCUUCAGACACUUCAAUUACUAAUGGAGAAACUUGUAUAGUGUACAAGCCACAUUUUAAAACAGCCUCAGCUAUUAAAAGUGAGCCCAAAGAAACACUUGAUGUUACUGUGCUACAAGAAUCUAAUGGAAAUCUAUCACUAACCACAAUGGAACAUAACAAUACCACUACAUCCUCUGUAACCAGUGUGCCAUCGACUAUUGUGGACUCAUCUCUUCCUAAUGUGCCAUCAUCCCUUGCUGUUACUAGCCCAGUUCUUUUAAAAGCAGUAAGCUCACCUCCUCUGAAGUCAAAUGCAUGGAAGCCAGUCAGCGCACCAAGUUCCAAGAAAGAAUCAGCUACCAGCCAGAGCACUGUAGUUGCACAAAAAGAAGAUGCAAAUUUGCCUAUAGUAACACCAUCUCUAUUGCAGAUGGUUCGCUUGCGAUCAAUACAGGCUAGGGUUCCCCAAAGUCCAUUCUCACAACCACUAUCUGGGCUUCCUGCACCCCAGAAACCUGUUCGCAAAUCCUUGUCAUACAGAUCCUCUCAGGGGUCUGAUUCUUCCCCAACAGAAAGCCCAACAGCACCACCUGUUUCUCCACUGAAACCACCAGAAUCCCCUUCAACACAUAGAUCACCAGCCUCUGCUGCUAGCUUUGUAUUUGCUCGAGGUUCAAAGAAAUUUGUAUUUGACCCUUCUACAUCACAAGAUGCAGAUUCAUCGAAGAAAGACCUAGUGGCAGAGCUCAAAGUACAUGGGGGCCCUCGGAGUCCAGAUGAAAAACCCCCACUACAGAGGAAACCCAGCAAGAUUCCUCCUCCUGUGGCAAGAAAACCUUCAAUUGUGGUACCUCGAACACCCACAACCCCUCCACACUCUACAGUCAGCACAAAUGGUGGUGUGGUUACACCAAGGGAGCCAGGAUCAGCUCCUUCCACUUCAGCAGCUAUUGCAUCUGGGACCCAGGCUGGCCAUGACCAACCACAAAAAAGCCUGACGGAACAAGCCUAAACCUGUCACAAGGAAUAUUCAGGAUUCUGCUGUCUCAGGGAUCCUCUGAUGCACCACAAGACCCACAGAAACUGCUGGACUCACUACAGUUGCCUUAACUGUGUACAUAUAGUCUUAAAGCAACAACAGGUGUUGAUUUUUAUGACUUGAUAUUUUAUCUUCCAACUACUGUAUUGGUUGCGCUAAGGAACUUUGAAUGAAGUACCCUCUGGUGGGAAGUCAGUAUCCCACACUAUGGUACAGCGCCUUUGAGUUUUAUUCUGGUGUAAAUUUUAUUUAAGACAGUAAUCUGCUGGAGCAGUUGGGACAUUGUUCUAGGUGUAAACAUAACUGUGUCAUUCCUGCUGUUUAUAAGGUUAGAAGGUCUUCAAUGCUGUUAUAAGCUUUGUAUUCUGCACACUGUAAUGUUAGAAAUCAGCACUUCUUUCUAUAAUGCUGCAGCUACUUAGUAAUCCUUUGCUAUUCCAACUAUUUUACAUGGAGUCAUUCCAGUUAAUUGACACUUUAAAAAACAGGUAGAUAUCUUUUUGUUAGUUAUCGAAAUAGAAAUAAGAUAUUUUAGGAAUUUUUACUUGUGGCUAUUAAUAUGGCAAAUUAGCUUCUUAGAAACUAGCAUGCAAUAGCCGUGACAUAUUAUCUACUGAAUCCACAUUCUAAAGAACACAAUGGAGCAAGGUUGGGAUGAAAACUAUGAAAGAAUUAAACAUUUUACAUAGAUCGCUAAAGUGAUGCAGCCUUACCACCUACUGCACUCAAUGCCUCGCUUGUCUAAAGAAGCACACAUCUUGGUUAUGCCUUUCUAGGACUGGCACAAUUUGACCAUAUAUAAUUAAUAAAGAUAUAGAUGGUCAAUUCUAUCCCUUCCUUAACACAUUUGUGUAACAGAUUAGAAUACGCACCUUAUGAUUCAGUGUUAAAGCUUCAAAAUACACUUAUACUUAGUAAAGUAAGCAGAGUGUUAAUGCACAGACCACUUGUCAUUUCCAUGUCUUGCUGAUUUAACAUACACUAAUUUCGAUAGACAAUCCACUAAAUGCACAAUAGCCACGUGCAGCGACAUGGAAAGCAAUAGAAGAUGUGUUACUGUCCACCGAUCUGCUGGAUUGUGACAAGCUAAUUACGUUAUUGAUUUACAGUGCAAAACCAGAGGCCUUUUGGGCUUACAGCCUCGAUCGUUCAUGGUCUGCAGAAUUCAAUUUAAAUACAAAUCACCGCACUGCCUUAAAGCUUAUCAGACUGCCUCUAUUACCUAUAUACAUCCUUAAAAAUGGUUUUAUCUGAUUUGCUUGUCCUAGCCUAUGUAUAGUUGUAAAGCAAAGUAAAUCUUGUCAGCAAACACUGUCUUUUUUGUGGUGUUCUAGUGUAUAGGAAUGUUUGAUUUAAUGGGAUACUGUAUUUAACCCUUACUCUUAGCAGUGUCUCUUUCAACUGGCCUUAAUAUUACUACAUAAACUGAACAAUGUUCCAGUCAACAGGAUUAUAAGAGCACAAGGAUCUCUGUAACUAUUACUUAUCCACAUGUAUCUCUGUUAGAACAAACUAUUGAUUUUGUAUACAUAUAUAGUCUUCUCCAGG